UGCAAUCUUGCUACAAGGGGGAACUGGAAGAGGCCCAUCCCUGCCAGCCUGCAAACGCCCUCCUCUCUUCUCUCCCCACUUCGUCGCCGCCCUCUCACCUCCUGUCCAGACCAAUAACUCCGCGAUCGCAGCAAUGCGUGCUUUCCUCCCCCGGUGUCGCUUCCUCCUUGGCACCUCUUCCGUCUCUCGUUCCUCAAUCGCUUGCUCAAACUCCGAAUCGGCAGGACACCAUAAUCUCCGGCGCCUUUUAACCAUCCAAUCUCCCAUUUCUCGCCGUUGCACAACAGUCACCUCCAGCGCAACGGAGGAUUUCGUCAAGGGAAGCGUCUUCCCCAAUGGGGUCGGCGUGAUCACCCUAGAUCGGCCCAAAGCCCUCAACGCCAUGAACCUCGAGAUGGACUUAAAGUACACUAAUUUCCUCGACGAGUGGGGAACUGAUCCCAGGAUCAAAUGUGUUCUUGUGGAGAGCAGCUCGCCUCGAGCCUUUUCUUCAGGUGGUGAUGUGAAGCAGGUUGCUACCAAAUACAAUUUGUCAGAAAGAACUAAGGUAUUUGCUACAGAAUAUUCACUGAUAUGUAAAAUUUCUAACUAUAGAAAGCCUUAUAUAUGCUUCAUGGACGGUGUGACCAUGGGGUUUGGGAUUGGUUUGUCGGGCCAUGGUCGGUUUCGUGUUAUAACAGAGAGAACUAUUCUUGCUAUGCCGGAAAAUGGAAUUGGCUUGUUUCCAGAUGUUGGCUUUGCUUAUAUAUCAGCACGUGGUCCAGGAAGAGGGGCAGUAGGUGCUUAUCUUGGAAUGACUGGGAAGAAAAUUUCAACCCCUGCUGAUGCUUUGUAUAUGGGUCUUGGAACACAUUAUGUGCCAUCUGGAACCAUGCCCAUGCUAAAGGAAGCCCUCUUAUGCAUUAAUUUCUCUAAUGACCCUGACAAAGAUGUCCUGGACCUUUUGGAUUAUUACAGAAGAGAGCCUGAAUCAGAUUCCCUACUGAAAAUGCUUUUGCCUCAGAUUGUUUCUUGUUUUACAAAUAAAUCUGUCCAUGAAACGAUAAAAGAGUUGAAAGGGCACCAACAAAGUUCUGAUUCUCCGGUGGCAGACUGGGCCAAUGAUGCUCUUGUGGGACUUGGUAAAGGUGCUCCCUUUUCUCUUUGCAUAACUCAGAGGCAUUUUUCUAAAGUUGCAGAAGCAUUUGAAAACAAGGACAGUUAUUUAUCAAAAUUAAAGGGUGUAAUGAGGAAUGAAUUUCGAAUUGCUACAAGAACCUCAAUUCGGCGUGAUUUUGCUGAAGGUGUUCGAGCAGUCUUGGUAGACAAGGACCAGAAUCCAAAGUGGUGCCCCUCGAGUUUGGAGAAUGUUGACAUGACUGAAGUGGAAUCAAUAUUUGAGCCUCUACCUCCCGAAAAUGAACUAAAUGUAUACUAAGUUGCAAAUUAUAAAGACAAGGCUAACCGGAGAUGAGCAUGAUAUACUCCUCCAUUCUCUUAUACCAGAUGGGAUUAUGAAGUGUCUGGCAAUUCCCUGUCGAACUCCGUCCAUCUUUUGUUCGAUUAUGUCUGAAGUCAGUCGAUCAGUCUGCAGAGCAAAGUGACUGGCAUAUACAUAAAUAUGAUGGGGUUUUCUUUUUAGUAAUUGAUAGCUAAUUGUUAUGCUGUACUCCAGGAUGCCUUUGUUCUGUAAUAAUAAUAAUAAUAAUAAAAGGUAGCCGUAGAGUUCCAAUUGUUGAGGAUAAUUA